UUGACCGACUGUGUAAAAUUUACAGGAGCCACAAACUACUUUCUUUUUGAAAGGAUAUUUCCAUAUUUCCUGCCUCCAAUAAGUUAAAAAAUAAACAAUUUACAUUUUCCUUGGCACAAAAAAGAACUUUGGCCAGAAACUUCAGCAGCAUUGGCCGACGUGAACACAGGAACAACGUUAGAUUUUUCUUAUUCAGUACACCUGCUUCCCCAAAAGAGUUAAUAAUUUACUAAGCGAAAUGGAUUCGGACAGUGACGAUGAUGGUUCGAUCGGAGGUGGUGGAGGUGGAUUUGUGGGCAUUGAUUUCCUUUUCGGUAAUAUCGACUCUGAGGGGAAACUUAUGGAUGAUGAUGCGGUGGGUGCCUUUGAUCCCGAAAUAAAAGAACAUUUAGGUUCAUUGGCAAAAAUGGGUCUUCAUUCCAUGCUGAAUGAAGUAAUCGAAGCCGAAGAUGCCGAUGAUGAAGGCGAAGACGAGCCCAAGCCUAUGAGUGAUUUUGAUGCUUUAAAAUCAGGUCUUUUGGAUUCUAAGCUCAACCAAGAAGAUGACAGUGGUGAAAUUAUAAAGGAUGAUAAUGCAGUCGAUUACUCAGAUAUAACCGAGUUGUCGGAGGACUGCCCCAAAACUCCACCCUCUGAAAUACAAACCAUGGAGGCUAUUAAAUCCGAAGAACUGAAUAUGUUGGAAGAUUUAGAAGAUGCUAUACCUGCUACAAAAGUCCAAAGUAUAUCAUGUACUUCAAAGGAUGAUAAAGAAUUAAUGCCCCCGCCAAGCACUCCUGUCAGAACUCAAACAAACAGUACACAGGAGGGUCAGUCCAAGCAAAGCGGAUCAGAUAGUGGCAUGGAUUCAGACAUCAAGUCGGAGAAAUCCGCUGAACGUAAACUAGAUACUCCAUUGGCUGACAUGCUGCCAUCAAAAUAUGCAAAUGUUGAUGUACGAGAGUUGUUUCCCGAUUUUAGACCUGACAAAGUUUUGAGAUUUUCUCGCUUGUUUGGGCCCGGAAAACCAUCAAGUCUCCCACAAAUUUGGCGGCAUGUUAAAAAACGACGACGAAAGCGUAAACAAUCUCGCGACCAUAAAACACUUCAUAACCCGGGAUCGGAUUCCACUAGCGAUUCGGAAGAACCACGCAAGAAGGGGUUUGGCUUACAUUUCGGACCCGAUCCCAUGCCGUCACAAUGUGUGUCGGACGACGAGGAUAAGCUUUUAAGUAUAUAUAAUGAUGAAGACGUUAAGCAAGUUCCGGAUAGUGGAGAAAAUAGCGAAAAUAAACCAAAAAUUGCUGACUGGCGUUAUGGACCAGCACAAAUUUGGUACGAUAUGUUGGAUGUCCCUGAUUCUGGAGAUGGCUUCAAUUACGGAUUUAAAGUCAAACAAGAGCCGAAAAACUUAAAAUCACAGCAGCAUGCGAAAAAAGAAGAACCAAAAAAGACAGAGGAGGAAGCACCCGUAGCAGAAGACGCGUUCCUUAUGGUCUCCCAAUUGCACUGGGAGGACGAAGUUGUGUGGGAUGGUAAUGAGAUAAAGGCAAAAGUUUUACAAAAACUCAAUUCGAAAACAAAUGCCGCCGGUUGGCUACCUUCGAGUGGUUCCAGAGCUUUUACACCAGCCGGUAAGGCCUUGCCAGUGACGGGAGCAACAACAAGUAAAAUGUCAACCUCAAGUGGCGGUUCUUCCAGCAAACAAAAGGCUAACCAGAAUUUACCACCCAAGCCCGUGGAAGCAGUGGACGAUACAUGGUAUAGCAUCUUUCCAGUGGAAAAUGAGGAACUAAUCUAUAGUAAAUGGGAGGACGAAAUAAUUUGGGAUGCCGAGGAGAUGGUCAAAAUACCAAAACCUAAAGUGCUAACAUUGGAUCCGAAUGAUGAAAAUAUAAUUUUAGGCAUUCCGGAUGAUAUAGACCCUUCGAAGAUAAAUAAAAAUACCGGGCCACCUCCGAAGAUUAAAAUACCUCAUCCUCAUGUUAAAAAAUCUAAAAUUCUACUUGGAAAGGCCGGUGUAAUAAAUGUUUUGGCCGAAGAUGCACCGCCACCACCCCCCAAAAGUCCCGACAGAGAUCCAUUUAAUAUAUCCAACGACAGCUAUUAUAUGCCCAAGACCGAGCCUACUUUGCGGCUUAAGGUAGGCGGUGGUAGUCUGAUACAACACUCUACACCUGUCGUUGAGCUUAGGUCGCCAUUUGUUCCAACGCACAUGGGCCCCAUGAAGUUGCGAGCUUUCCACCGACCCGCUCUAAAAAAAUAUUCGUAUGGUCCGUUAUCACAAGCUAUAGCACAUCCGGUACUACCUUUACUUAAGCAUAUCAUGAAAAGGGCUAAACAACGUGAUGCUGAACGUAUAGCAUCUGGUGGUGGCGAUGUCUUCUUUAUGCGCAAUCCUGAAGAUUUAAGUGGCAAAGAUGGUGAUAUCAUCUUGGCCGAAUUUUGUGAAGAACAUCCUCCCCUGAUGAACCAGGUUGGCAUGUGCUCCAAAAUUAAAAACUAUUAUAAACGCAAGGCCACAAAAGACAAUGGCCCGCAAGAUUUAAAAUACGGCGAAACGGCCAUUGCCCACACAAGCCCCUUUUUGGGUAUACUACACCCCGGUCAAUGCAUACAGGCCCUGGAGAACAAUAUGUAUCGGGCUCCAAUUUAUCCGCACAAUGUAAACAUAACCGACUUUAUUGUUAUUCGAACACGCAACAAUUAUUUCAUUCGAGAGUUUAACGCCAUCUUUACAGUUGGUCAAGAGUGUCCUUUGUACGAAGUGCCUGGUCCGAAUUCAAAGAGGGCAAACAAUUUUACGAGAGACUUUUUGCAAGUCUUUAUCUAUCGUCUUUUUUGGAAAAGCAAAGAUAAUCCGCGUCGUAUACGUAUGGACGAUAUCAAACGUGCCUUCCCCGCCCACUCGGAGAGCAGUAUACGUAAAAGACUGAAGCAGUGUGCAGAUUUCAAACGCACAGGCAUGGACUCGAAUUGGUGGGUUAUCAAACCAGAAUUCCGCUUACCCUCUGAGGAGGAAAUUCGUUCGAUGGUUUCCCCGGAACAGUGUUGCGCCUACUUUAGUAUGAUAGCAGCUGAACAACGUUUGAAGGAUGCCGGCUAUGGAGAAAAAUUCAUAUUUGCACCGCAAGAAGAUGAUGACGAGGAAUCUCAAUUAAAGCUAGAUGACGAAGUUAAGGUAGCUCCCUGGAACACCACGAGGGCAUAUAUUCAAGCAAUGCGUGGCAAAUGUCUGCUACAACUUACAGGACCUGCCGAUCCGACUGGUUGUGGCGAGGGCUUUUCGUACGUCAGGGUACCAAAUAAGCCUACGCAAACAAAAGAAGAGCAGGAAUCACAACCAAAACGUACGGUUACAGGUACAGACGCUGAUUUGCGUCGUUUGCCUUUACAACGUGCCAAAGAACUGUUGCGCAAAUUCAAAGUUCCGGAAGAAGAAAUCAAAAAACUCUCUCGUUGGGAAGUAAUUGAUGUUGUGCGAACGUUGUCCACAGAAAAGGCUAAAGCUGGUGAACAGGGAAUGGAUAAAUUCUCCAGAGGAAAUCGUUUCUCAAUAGCUGAACAUCAAGAACGAUACAAGGAAGAGUGUCAACGCAUUUUCGACUUGCAAAAUCGUGUAUUGGCCAGUUCGGAGGUACUUUCAACCGAUGAGGACGAAUCAUCUGCUUCUGAAGAAUCAGACUUGGAAGAAUUGGGUAAAAAUUUGGAAAAUAUGCUGUCCAAUAAGAAAACCUCCACCCAACUCACUCUUGAGAGGGAGGAACAGGAGAGACAAGAAUUACUAAAGAAAAUAAUGGAAGACGAAGAAGGCAAUAAACAGAAGGGUGAUAAAAAUAAAGAGGGAGCUGGUGAUAGUCAACAACAGUUGCAGCACAAUCAAGGCCGUAUAUUGAAAAUUACGAGAACAUUUAAAGAUGCAGAAGGCAAAGAAUUUACCAGAGUGGAGACAGUAAGGCGGCAGCCUGUCAUCGAUGCCUAUGUCAAAAUAAGGACGACCAAGGAUGAUCAGUUCAUUAAACAAUUUGCAACUCUGGACGAGCAGCAAAAAGAAGAAAUGAAACGCGAAAAAAGAAGAAUACAAGAGCAAUUGCGACGUAUAAAACGUAACCAAGAAAGGGAGCGCCUGGCACAAAUGGCACAAAAUCAGAAGCUACAGCCCGGUGGUAUGCCCACAUCCCUAGGCGACCCGAAAACAUCUCAAAGCUCGUCACACAAAGAACGCGACACAAGCCACAAGGAAGUUAGUCCUUCUAGGAAGAAGUUUAAACUUAAACCCGACUUAAAGCUGAAAUGUGGAGCCUGCGGGCAGGUCGGUCAUAUGCGUACGAAUAAAGCGUGCCCCUUGUAUACAGGAACUCAGGGUCCUCCUAAUUCCUCGUCUAUGAAUUCAUCAGCUAUGGAUGAACCUGAAGAAGAACCCGAGCGAGAAGUAAAUUGUGAUGAAGACGAAUCAGUUCAUGUGGAUGGCACUAAAGUGACAUUGAGUAGCAAGAUUCUUAAACGCCACGAUGAUACUAUGAUGGGCCGAAACAAGAAAGGUCUUUUCCUCAAGGUUCCCAAGGAUGUGAUGGGCAAAAAGAAACGUAAAGCUAGCGACAUACACUGCGAUUACUUGCAACGACACAAUAAGACUGCUAACCGUAGGCGUACAGACCCUGUUGUUGUUUUAUCUAGCAUUUUAGAAGAAAUCCUAAAUAUUUUAAGAACAAUGCCAGAUGUGACACCUUUCAUGUUUCCCGUCAAUGCCAAGAUGGUUCCCGAUUAUUAUCGUAUUGUAACCAAACCCAUGGAUUUGCAAACAAUGCGCGAUAACAUUCGACAAAAACGAUAUCAUAAUCGAGAAGGAUUCUUAGCUGAUUUGAAUCAAAUAGUCGAAAACUCUACCCUAUAUAAUGGAGCCAAUAGCUCCUUUACCGUUGCUGCUCAGCGUAUGUAUAAACAUUGUGGUGACUUACUUGCGGAAAAGGAGGACAAGCUCAUGCGUCUGGAAAAGGCAAUAAAUCCAUUGCUGGAUGAUGAUGACCAAGUGGCUUUAUCGUUCAUUUUCGAAAAGCUUCAUAGCAAAAUUAAAACAAUGCAGGAAAGCUGGCCUUUUCUUAAGCCUGUCAAUAAAAAGCAAGUCAAAGACUACUAUACAAUCAUCAAAAGGCCUAUGGACUUGGAAACACUGGGUAAAAAUAUUGAAGCACAUUACUACCAUACUCGCGCAGAUUUUUUAGCAGACGUUGAAUUAAUAGCCACGAAUUGUGAGCAGUAUAAUGGCAGUGAAUCAAGAUUUACUCAAAAUGCGAAACACAUUUUCGAGUAUGCUCGUUCACAGUUGGAAGAGUAUGGAGAACGUUGUAUCCAAUUGGAGCAAAACAUUGCUAAGGUUCAGGAGCGUGCUCGAGUUGAUGCCGAUCUCGACGAAACUUGGGGUGGUAUGGAUGAUCCAGAUUAUGAAUAUACACGCACCAGUCGUUCCAGUACACCUGAAAAUGAAUUCAUUGAUGUUGAAGGAAAUGAAAGACCUACAUCAUCAUCGACAGCAACAUUACACCGUGGCAUUGGUGGCCUUAUAUCACUUAAUACCGGAUCAACAGCAUCAAAUCCUGAUAUGCAACCACCCAAUGAUGUUAAACGUGGUCGAGGUCGUCCACGCAAACACCGAGACGCUAAUGAAGAAGUUAAAUAUAAUCCGAAUGCUGUUAAACGUGGUCGCGGUCGUCCCCGUAAGGACAGCUUAGCCUCAAAUAUAAGUAACCCACAUAAUUCCUCCUUUAUGGAAGAAGAUCUGCAAUGUUCUACCGAAGAAGAGGAUGAUGAAUUCCAAGAGGUUUCCGAAGAUGAAAAUAGUGCCGCAAAUAUUCUAGAUCAAGGAGAACGUAUGCAUUCCAUGUCAAAUGCCGGUGGCAGCGAAGGAGGAGGUUCUGAUUUAUUAGACUCAGCCAACGUUAAAUCGGAAAUGAAGCUUGAAGCGCCACAAUUGGGAGGAGAUGAGUCUAUGGAUCUGGAUCCCAAUUAUGAUCCUUCAGAUUUUCUUACAAUGCACAAUCGCAUAGGUGGAAGUACGGCUACUGCUGUAACUGGCUCCGAGUCACACUAUCAGUCUUCAAAUGUUUCGCAGUUCCUACCGCAAGAUGAAGACGCCCACCAAGAGAGUGCUGCACCAAUGAAUUCGGAAAAAAUGUCCCUUAUGAUGGGUAACAAUGACAAUAUGGGAAUUAACAACGAUUUAGGCAUAUCCGAAAGUGACGAUGAUGAUGAUAAUGCUCACCCCAAGAAAGAAGGAUUCUCUGAACAAAUGGAGGAAGACAUUGAGGCUUCCCACGACAAUGCUUCUCAUGGCAUGUUGGGUAUGCAGCAACAAAUCCAACAAUUAUCGUAUGGCGAUGAUGCUGGUCUAGAUGAAAAUCAAAUACAUCAGCCCCCUCAAGAAGAUCCACCAUCACAGGAUGAUAACAAUGACGAUGACUGGUUAAGAUUUUAAAAUAGCAGUAAAAGCUAAGUAAAAUAUCUUUUCUUUUUUAAUUUAAACAAUCAUAUUUUUAAUUGUAAGGAUUUCUUAUUGUAAUAAAUAUUCUAUGUUUAUAAAUCUA